AUGCCUCAAAAAGAAAGCUGCCCCAAGGGCUACUCACAAGUGCCCCAGGCCACCAAUCAGGACGCUUUUGUUCACAUUCGAAGCAGCACAAAGAGCAAAAGUGCCUUCGAUUUCACCUUUGAAGCUGUUCGUCCCAACCUAUUCCGAGCCACCUUUUCCUCCACAGACCACCCUAUCCCUCCCUAUCCCAGUGUCACCAAGCCCGAGACCAACCUCCAGGGCGCCAAUGUCUUGACCAAGGAGGAUGCAUCCUCCAAGGUAAUGGAUGUCGCUGGUGUCACUGCUUCGGUAGACUGGAAACACUCACCUGUGGUCAAACUGUCAUGGACUGGUUCUGAGAAGCCUUUGCACGAGGAUUUGCCACUGAGGUCUUAUGUUGCAGACGGAGAGGGUGUCGCCAACUACUCCGUGCAUGACCGCGAAUGUCUCCAUGUCGGACUUGGCGAGAAGGCGGCUCCUAUGGAUUUAAGUGGUCGCCAAUUCCAACUCUCGGCCACCGACUCUUUUGGAUAUGAUGUAUACAACACCGAUCCGCUCUACAAGCAUAUCCCGCUUCUGAUCAAGGCUUCUGCCGAGGGAUGUGUUGCCAUCUUCUCGACCACCCAUGGCCGCGGUCUGUGGUCUGUAGGAGCCGAGAUCGAUGGUCUCUGGGGACACUUCAAGGUAUACCGACAGGACUAUGGUGGACUCGAGCAAUACUACAUUGUUGGCAGAACCAUCAAGGAUGUUGUCCGAUCCUAUGCCGAAUUGGUUGGCUUCCCCAUUUUGGUACCCCGCUGGGCUUACGGCUAUAUCUCCGGAGGUUACAAGUACACUAUGCUAGAUGAGCCGCAAAAGGCCCAUUUGGCUCUCCUGGAGUUUGCGGAGAAGCUCAAGCAUCAUGGCAUUCCCUGCUCGGCUCACCAAAUGAGUUCUGGUUAUUCAGUUGCAGCGACCGAGCCCAAGGUUCGCAAUGUCUUCACAUGGAACCGGGAGCGGUUCCCGGAUCCCGAGGACUGGAUUACCAAGAUGCACCAGUACGGUAUCCGACUUCUCACCAACAUCAAGCCCUUCCUGCUUGCUUCUCAUCCCGACUUCCAGAAGCUCGUUGAUGCCGGUGGCUUCUUCAAGGAUGAGGAAAAGGAGCCUGGGUACAUGCGUCUGUGGAGUGCUGGCGGUGCGACUGGAGGUGACGGUGCUCACAUUGACUUCACCUCAGCAGAGGCCUUCAAGUGGUGGUACGAUGGCGUCCAGAGUCUCAAAAAGAUUGGCAUUGACGGUAUGUGGAACGACAACAAUGAAUAUACCCUACCCGAUGACGACUGGACCAUGGCUCUUAAUGAGCCUACCGUCGCCGACGCCGCAGCAAAGAACGUCAAAAACUCCGUCGGUCUCUGGGGUCGUGCCCUCCACACCGAGCUGAUGGGUAAAUCUUCCCACGAUGCCCUGCAAGACAUGGAGCCCAAGCUGCGCCCCUUCGUCUUGACCCGCAGCGCUACCGCUGGAACUCUUCGCUACGCUGCAUCCUCUUGGAGUGGCGACAACGUCACCAGUUGGGAGAACAUGAAGGGAGCCAAUGCCCUGUCUCUCAACGCCGGUAUGUCCCUUCUUCAAUGCGAAGGCCACGACAUCGGCGGAUUCGAAGGCCCCCAGCCCUCCCCAGAACUCCUCCUCCGCUGGAUCCAGCUUGGCUGCCACGCUCCCCGCUUUGCAAUCAACUGCUUCAAGACGUCUCCCAAGGACUCCUCCGUCGGCGAUGUCAUCGAGCCUUUCAUGUACCCGGAGAUCACCCCCCAUGUCCGCGCCGCCAUUAAACGCCGCUACGAGAUGCUGCCCUAUAUCUACUCUCUCGGUCUAGAGAGCCACAAAUCUGCAACACCGCCGCAGCACUGGACCGGUUGGGGAUACGAGUCUGACCCGGAGGUGUGGACCAAAACACUCAAGGCAGGCGAGGAACAGUUCUGGUUCGGUGAGACUAUGCUCGUUGGUGGCGUUUACAAGGCUGGCAUCGACGUCGCGAAGGUCUACCUGCCGCGUAAGUCCGGCGCCUUCGAUUAUGGCUAUGUCAACAUGAACGCUCCGUAUCAGUACCUCGCAUCCGGGCAGUGGGCCGAGAUCUCUUCAGAAUGGCAGAAGAGCAUUCCGCUCAUUGCGCGUGUCGGUGGUGCCAUUCCCGUUGGCAAGAGCGUGCACACCCGCGUUCCUGGUGAUGAGACGGCUGCGUCAGUGGCCGUUCAGGAAAUCGAUGAUUACCGUGGUGUGGAAGUGUUCCCGCCCAAGGGUACUUCGCACGGUACGGUCUUCUCUACAACUUGGUACGAAGACGAUGGCAUUUCGGUCCAACCCGGUACUGCCGCGUACACUAUUAGCUAUAGUUCUACUGAGGAGAAGGUUCUUGUUAAGUUUGAGCGUGAUCAGGCUGGCUUUACUCCGGCUUGGAAGGAUGUGGAUAUUAUAUUGCAUAACGGUGAUCAGCGCCGCGUUGUCUCGAGUACUGGGGAUGAGAUCGUCCUCAAGGGUACAGACUCGCGUGGACGUGUUGUGUAUACACUCAAGGCUUAG